GCAACUGUUACAGCUGCUGUGAAAGCGCUUGUGUCAGCAGUGGAGCAGGAUGUCCAGGCGGGCGCUGCGUCUGCUGUCAGUGCACGGAGAGCUCGGGGAGGCACCAGUUGCUCAGUCGCUGCUGUGACAGUGGAUCUAGACCCGUGUCUCCCGUUCCUGAGUGAUGACAACACUUUAUAUAUCUGAGCGACCUGAAACAAUCGCGGCGGAGGGAUAAGUGAGGCCGAAGGUGUUUGUGUUUCCACCCCGCGUUGAUUUGUGCGCUCUGCUGACUAUGGUGGAGCUGGAGAAGGAGGUUCUGCCGCUGCCGCCGCGGUACCGGUUCCGAGACCUGUUGCUCGGGGACUGGCAGAUGGACGACAGAGUGCAGGUAGAGUUCUAUGUGAAUGAAAACACUUUCAAGGAACGUCUGAAGCUGUUCUUCAUCAAAAACCAAAGAUCCAGUUUGAGAGUGCGACUCUUCAACUUUUUCCUGAAGGUUCUGAGCUGCCUGCUCUACAUCGUACGAGUCCUGCUAGACGACCCACGGGAGGAGAGAGACUGUCCUGGCUGUCUCAGACAGAAUGCAUCUGCUCACAACAGAAGCCAUUUUGACUGGUCCCUCAUUAUUUGGGUGAACAGGCCUUUGCCACUCUGGGCUCUUCAGGUGUUUGUUGCAUUCAUCAGUUUUUCAGAGACCAUGUUGCUGGUGUACCUCAGUUACAAGGGCAACGUUUGGGAGCAAGUGUUGCGUAUUCCGUUCAUUCUGGAGAUGAUCAGCACCGUUCCUUUCGUGAUCACUGUGAUUAUGCCCUCCUUCAGAAACUUGUUCAUUCCUGUUUUUCUGAACUGCUGGCUGGCCAAACACGCUCUUGAGAACAUGAUUAAUGACCUGCACAGAGCGAUUCAGCGAACACACUCGGCCAUGUUCAACCAGGUGCUCAUCCUCAUCAGCACCCUGGUCUGCCUCAUCUUCACUUGUAUUUGUGGUAUUCAGCACUUGGAACGAGCAGGGAACAACUUGACGCUCUUUGACUCUCUGUAUUUCUGUGUUGUCACCUUCUCUACUGUGGGCUUUGGUGAUGUUACACCUCAGAUCUGGCCCUCUCAGCUACUGGUGGUCAUCAUGAUCUGUGUGGCUCUUAUAGUUCUACCAAUACAGUUUGAGCAGUUGGCUUUCUUGUGGAUGGAACGACAGAAGUCUGGAGGGAACUACAGCCGAUAUCGUGCCCAGACUGAGAAGCACGUGGUGCUGUGUGUCAGCUGUCUCAAGAUAGACCUACUCAUGGACUUUCUCAACGAGUUCUUCGCUCACCCCAGACUGCAGGACUACUAUGUGGUCAUCUUAUGUCCCGCUGAGAUGGAUGUCCAGGUGCGAAGGGUACUGCACAUCCCACUAUGGGCUCAGAGGGUCAUCUACCUGCAGGGAUCUGCUCUCAAAGAUCAAGACCUAAUGAGGGCAAAGAUGGAUGAUGCCGAGGCCUGUUUUAUCCUAAGCAACCGGUUUGAAGUGGACCGCUUUGCCGCUGACCAUCAGACCAUUCUUAGGGCCUGGGCCGUGAAGGACUUUGCCCCAAACUGCCCUCUCUACGUGCAGAUCCUCAAACCUGAGAAUAAGUUCCACAUCAAGUUCGCAGACCAUGUGGUUUGUGAGGAAGAGUUUAAGUAUGCCAUGUUGGCCCUCAACUGUGUGUGUCCUGCCACCUCCACCCUGAUCACCUUAUUGAUUCACUCCUCUAGAGGACAAACAGCAUCUUCAGAGGCCUUCAAGCAGCGGGCAGGUGCCUUCCAGCCCCUCAACAGGGAAGGCAGUGCUGGCUCCGUCGACCAAUGGCAGCGCACAUACCGACGGUGUGCAGCCAAUGAGGUCCACCACAUCCGGCUGGAAGAGAGCAAGUUUUUUGGAGAAUAUCAGGGAAAGAGUUUCACUUUUGCCUCUUUUCACGCACAUAAGAAAUACGGCGUGUGUCUGAUCGGGGUGCGCAGGAUGGACACAUCCAACAUCCUCAUGAACCCCGGACCCUGCCACAUCAUGGGAGCCUCCGACACCUGUUUCUACAUCAACAUCUCCAAGGAGGAGAACUCAGCCUUUGUUAGGGGCCACAGAGGACCAGUGAGGGGCCCUGGGGGUGACUCCAGAGGGGUUCCACAGACAAUCUAUCAUGGCCUCACUCGGCUACCAGUGCACAGUAUUAUAGCUAGCAUGGGCACGGUAGCCAUUGACCUGCAGGACUCCAGUGACAGCAGUCCAGAAGGCUCGGGCCCGCCGCCUCUGGGCAGUGGGACUGUGAGCAGGAGUGGCUCCAGGACAGAAGUGGGCGGCUGUAACACUCUAGCACUGCCCGCCAUGAGUGGCUCAGGGGAAGAGAGCAGACACAGCAUCGCCCCCGUCCUGGAGGUGGUCGAUGGGGUGCACAGCUCUACCUUUGACCUGCUUGGAGACCAAUCAGAGGACGAGGGAGGAGAGGAGGGAAAGGAGGAAGAGGGUGGAGAGCAGAAAGGCCAGUGGUGGGGAGCACACUGCGAAUGGGUCAAAGGCUAUCCGCUAAACUCUCCAUACAUCGGCAGCUCUCCUGCCCUCUGCCACCUCCUGCAGGAGAAAAUGCCAUUUUGCUGUCUGCGCCUGGAUAAGGCUUGUCAUCAUAUGCCCUACGAGGACGCUCGCUCAUACGGCUUUAAAAACAAACUGAUUAUCGUGUCUGCAGAAAGCGCUGGAAACGGCCUCUAUAACUUCAUCGUUCCGCUGCGGGCGUAUUACCGGCCCAGGAAGGAGCUCAACCCCAUUGUUUUACUACUGGAGAAUGUACCUGAGACAGACUUCCUGGAAGCCAUCUGCUGGUUUCCUAUGGUCUUCUACACAGUGGGCUCCAUCGACAAUUUGGACAGUCUUUUGCGUUGUGGCGUGACAUUUGCUGACACCAUGGUUGUGGUGGACAAAGAGAGCUCCAUGAUCGCUGAGGAGGAUUACAUGGCUGAUGCCAAGACCAUUGUUAAUGUUCAGACGCUCUUCAGGCUCUUUCCAGCUCUCAGCAUCAUAACUGAACUCACCCACCCGGCCAACAUGCGCUUCAUGCAGUUCAAAGUGAAAGACCACUAUUCUCUAGCUCUCUCCAAACUGGAAAAGAAAGAGAGAGAGAGAGGCUCGAACCUGGUGUUCAUGUUCAGAUUACCGUUUGCAGCUGGGAAGGUGUUUAGUGUCAGUAUGUUAGACACUCUGCUCUAUCAGUCCUUUGUGAAGGACUACAUGAUCUCCAUCACCAGACUGCUGCUAGGUCUCGACUCCAUGCCUGGAUCUGGCUUCCUGUGUGCUAUGAAGAUCACAGAGGAGGAUUUGUGGAUCCGCAGUUAUGGUCGUCUCUACCAGAAGCUGUGCUCGUCGACAGGAGACAUUCCCAUCGGCAUCUACCGCACUGAAGCGCAUAAACUGCCCGUCUCAGAGUCUCAGGUGUCCAUCACGGUGGAGGACUACGAGGAUACGCGUGAACCCCGCGAGCCUCUGCUCUGCCGCUCCGGUCUUCACCGUAACUCCACGUCGUCCGAGCCUCCCUCCUCCUCCUCAUCAUCACAGGCCAUGGACCACCCGCUCCUGAGGAGGAAGAGCAUGCAGUGGGCGCGGCGGUUGAGUCGUAAAGGUGGGCGGGGCUUCAGUGGGGCCAAGGGAGUGGGUAGUGCAGCCGAACGCAUCAGCCAGCAGAGACUGAACCUGUUCCGUCGCUCCGAGAGACAGGAGCUCAACGCUUUGGUCCGCACACGCAUGAAACAUCUGGGGCUCUCGCCAUCUGGAUUUAAUGGGAUGACGGACCAAGGCAAUAGACUGUCUUAUAUUCUUAUCAACCCUUCCCCUGACACACACCUGGAGCUCCAUGAUGUCGUGUAUCUGAUCAGACCAGACCUUCUGUCACCAGUGCCUAACCAGGCCGGCAGUCGCAAGCCCAGCGCAGGGCCAGCAGAGGCACAGGACAGCAGGGCCAGAUUUGAGACACAGGACAGCACUCAUCUAUGAACACAAUCACCGCAGGCCACCAGCACGAGAAGAUGGGACAUACUUGUGUGUGUACGGCUGAGAGAGAGAGAGAAAGAGAGGAAUACCUCUGCAGAAGUGACCGUGAGCUGAAUCUACACUGUAAAAAGUGAUCUAGCUUUUAGUUGCCUUUAAUCAAAUAGUAAAUGCAACUGAAACUGUUGAGAGAACACGAUUUUUAUGCUUUCAUUGAAUCAACUAAUGGAUGCAUUUCACAGAAACUAU